AUGACUCAUUUUCUUGUGAUUUUUGUGAAAUAGAUCCAUCAAAAACACAACUUUCCCAAUCACAUACAAAGUAAUGCUGUUGUCUAACAGAUGUAGUAUUAUCAUUUACUUAAUAUGCUUAGGUUAACUUUAAAGAUGUCUGAUCAGUCGUAUUUCUCCGAGAUUCACGACCCGGCAGCAAGAGUGAGGGCCUUGUGCGAUUAUGGGUGUAAAGUGGAUGUUGAUCCUUCCAUUCCUCCAAAGCGCUACUUUAGGUCCGGACUUGAGAUGAUCCGCAUGGCAAAUGUCUAUGCUGAAGAGGGAAACUAUGAGAGUGCAUUCAUCUUAUACUCUAAAUAUAUAUCCUUAUUCGUUGAAAAAUUGCCACAACAUCCAGACUACAAAAGCUGUCCUGCCACAGAUCGACAAAUGAAUAAAAAGAAAGUUAUGUCUAUAUUUCCAAUAGCAGAAAUCAUAAAACAGAAAUUGAAAGAAAAAUAUGAAGUUGAAGAGAAAAGAUACAGGGAGGAAGAGCGGAAGAAGCAAGAAAUUGUGGAGAAAGAGGAGGCUAAGAAGCGUCAGAUAGAGGAAGAUCGAAUGAAAGCAUUUGAGUUACAGAGACAGAUGGAAGAAGAAGACCUGAAAAAAAAAUACCUCACAGAGCAACAAGAGCAGUAUAGAAUAUUACAGGAAAAAGAAAAGCAAGAACUUGAGGAAAAAGAACGUCAACGGUUGGCUGUCAUAGCUGGUGCUCAAGUCCCUAUUAUUCAACCUGGUCAAGCCAACAACUUCCCUCCUAUAUCUCCUCCAAGUUAUGAUGCGGCUACUGCGCCUGGCUAUCCUGUUGCUGUCCCCAGCAGUGAGUUCAAACCAAAUGUGCUGGACAGUCCGAUCAGUCCUUCUGCACCGCCUGGACCUGGUGCCGUGGAAACAGCUGAUGGAAACACAACAGGGCGGCCUUCCAUUGACCGAUCCAAAAAACCAAGUUUGGACCAUUUUACAAGUGUGGGACAACAAGGCAGUAAUAAAUAUGGUUUUAAGGACGUGAUCGUCCCUGCUAAUCUCAUGGUGAAGUUUGUCAACCUGGCUCGGCCAAAUACCGAGAGGAAUGUUGAAACGUGUGGAAUCCUUGCUGGCAAGUUGUCCAGAGACUGUUUCGUCAUAACAAACUUAGUUAUCCCCAACCAGAGUGGGACACCAGACUCCUGUACCACAGACAAUGAAGAUGAGCUGUUUGACUAUCAAGAUGCCCAUGAUCUUAUCACACUUGGAUGGAUUCAUACGCAUCCUACUCAGACAGCAUUUAUGUCCAGUGUUGAUCUCCAUACUCACUGUUCGUACCAGCUCAUGAUGCCAGAAGCAAUCGCUAUUGUCUGCUCACCAAAAUAUCAAGAAACUGGUAUGUUUUCACUUACACCUGACUACGGCCGAGAUUACAUCGCUAAUUGUAGGAAAACAGGAUUUCAUCCUCAUCCAAAGGAUCCACCACUGUAUGAGACAUCACCCCAUGUGAAGAUUGAUGAGACAAAGUCGAUAGAGGUGGCAGAUCUCCGACACAACAAGACAUCGUAGUGACAAGUCAAACCUGGUGCUUUCUGUGAUAUACUGCCAUGAAUUCUUAAGUUUCCUACAUGAAAAUUAAUGAAGUUGGAAGUUCAUCCCGUUUUCCAAAACUUUUGUUUUUGUCCCCAAUUGUGCCAAUGUGGAUCUGUACCAAGCCAAGCCUUAAUGGACUUAUUCUGCAUGAGUAACAGAUCAAGAAUGGUAAUAGUAACUUGUAGCUCUGUAUAAAGAAAUUUGUUUGAAUAGCAUACAAUGGCUCAUUUAGAUAAUAAUUUCUUUCUUAUAAAUUUGCAUCUUGUAGAUGUUUCUGUCAUAUUGUGUAUUUGUAUCUUAACGUAUAUCGGCGUUGACUUUCAUAAAUAGAAGCUAUAUGUUGUAUUUUCAUGUAAUCAGAGUCAGAGUGGUGUUCUGUAUGUAUUCAUAGAAGAUAACUUCAAGGUGCAUCAUUUAUUGUACUUGACUGGACAGCAUUUUGUUUAUUAUGUAUAUAAUAUAAUUUCAA